AAACUAAUUUCAAGGUAUGCUCUUCUCCAGAAAAUGCCCGAAGGUGCCUUAUUUUAAACUAGGGACAGGGAGCUGGAUAUUUUGUUGAAAUUAAUACCACGCUUUUCAAUCUGUUGUAAAAACUGUAGACCGCAUGUGGUACUUGACCAGGUGGCACAAAAGUGUGGUUCUCAGAUUUUUUUUGGAGUAUAAAAAAAAAAUCUAUACCGCCUAAUCGUGGUUUUGGGAUAUAGAAAACAAAUACUAGUCGUUUUCUAGUCAUCCUAAUGUACAUAGAACUGCGGUACAUCGUUGACUCGGUGGCCAAACGUAUCAAAUAAAGCAGUUUCGAGGUACUAAUCUGUACAAUAACUGUGAUUCUAUCGGAGGUGUUCAUGUACAGCGUGAACCAUACUGUAUUUCAUAUUUUGAGGUACUGUGCCGGUAUUUCAAUCCAGAAAACGGCCUCAAAUGUCAAGGCUACGAUAAAUGCGUAACAGCUGUUUCAUCUGCUAAAAAUGUGUUGAUUCCACCCUUUUCAGCGUUUGUGUCGGCGUUUUGUGAAAAACAAUCGUCUCGCGAUUUGCCCCCAUUUUAAUGGCUUUUGGUGCACACCUCUCGUUUCGCUUCUCAAUUAUUCCUUCCAAUUUGUUCACUCGUGUUAAUACCCAACUUUCAUUGGUCAAUUCCAUGCGGUAUUCUUGUAGAGCAUCCAAAUGAGAGACCGACGCUGCUGUUGUUUACGUAAAAUUCAUUUAUGCAUUUCCAGGGCUGAUUGAAGUUUUGUGCCGUUUUUUCAAUUGCGCGAAAAUGGGGUAUGAACGAAAGAAACUGCUAGCGACGCUUUUGGCGACGCUGGCGAUCCUCACAGCGCCAGUGUCGCCGUACUCCAUGGGUGCGCCACCGGCUGCUGCUUGCGGUGACGGUGUCCCUCGCCACGGGCCAUCUCCGCAAAAGUCGCCGGCGCCGUUUCGAAUUUCCGUCAACGCCGACGAAGUGGACAGUGGCAAUUCCCUGUCCGUGCAACUGGCGGCCGCGGACGACGGAGAGCCCUUCAUCGGGUUUCUCUUGCAGGCGAAAAAUUCAACGAAUGGCGUUUUGUCUGGUCAGUUCUUGCGGGAAAACGACAACGACGUUUACCUGUUCCUCAACUGCGACGAGUUGGAGGGAUUGCAAACGACGACGAAGAGAGUCGCUUGA